GACAAAUCAUUUUCGAAAAUGAUUCGUUAUGUUCGCUAAUGUGUGGUUUAUAACGUCAUGGCGUCAUAGUGUCUACUUCAUAUACACAUACAUACAUUACAUUACCGCGACAUAGUUAUAAAAACCUGACAUUAGCCACACUAUCGCGCUCUAGUGGCAAAAGAUCUGUCCCCUCAUUUUCGGACGCUUGCGAUACAUUACAAUCGUUCUCCUUAUAUCUAGCCUCCGUGAGUAUACGUUAUAAGUAAUUAUAGCUAGCCGAAGCUUGUCGUAGCGAUUUUAAGUUUAUAGAGAAAAAGUGGAGAAAAAAAGAAUUUAAUUAUUAUAAUUUCAACAAUAACGUCAAAAUGAUGGAUUAUUUUGUAACCAAUAAUUCUUUAGCACCCGCACCUAUGGGAAUACAAAGUACAGCGGAUGUUGUACCAGUUAAAAAUGAUAAAGAUUAGUAGUUAUAAUUAUAUAUUUUUCGAUCGUUCUUCUUAUAUUUAGUCUUCGUGGUAUUAGUAUCUAAUCGUCCCUUGUAUUACGCCGUCACCAUAUCUUACAUGAAUUUUUAGUAUAUAUUUAUACUAGAGAGGAUUUUCAAGUUACACAUACUUCGUGAGAAAGAGAUGUAAUUUAUUCUGUUCUGUUCUUUUUUUUAGUCUAUUCAUUACGAGUUUAUCGAAAAGUAUUAAAUAAUAUUUUUGUAAAUUAACUUUUCCAACUAAAAUUUAUUUAGAUGUUGAAUCUUAAUACAUGAAACGAUCUAUAAUAAGUAUUAUAAAUUCUCUUAAAUAAGAUAUAAUAAAAUCCAUAUUUAUUUGAUUUAUUCUUUAUCAUAAAUAUCAUAAAAAGACGAAACAUUAAUAAAUAUUGCUACUUUCAAGUGUAAUCCUAACAAUUAGUUCUUUCUUACAAUCGGAAUAUCAUUUUGACAAAAUGAGCCAAACCCAACACAAAACUCUUGUUAAAGAUUUAUUACCUAAGAAACAAUUGAGAAAUCAGAAGAAAAUAUCAAAUGAAGAAAUUACUGAACGUAAUGGUAUUGAUUAUCCAUUGGACAUAUGGUUUAUAAUAUCAGAAUAUCUUAAACCAGAAACUAUAGGAAAAUUUGCUUGCAUUUGUAAAUCUUCUUAUUAUGUGACUACGACUGCAAAAUUUUGGUUUCAUCUAUAUAAGACUUAUUACAAGUUUGUUCCUGGUAUACCAGAACGUUUGCAGCCACAUUGGAUGAUACUACGCCAUGAAUUGCGUCUUUGCGUUAUCAGGACAUUGCAUUAUACUUACUUUGCUGAGAGAAGAGCAUUGAGCUAUAUAUCACGGAUACAGCAAAAAGAACCACAUUCUCUUGUUAAAAGGCAAUGUUCUCUCAUGUGGCACAAAAAAGGAACUAAUCAGUGGUAUUUCUUUUUUAAAUUAAAAGAAAUAUCAGGGACAUGUAAUGGUACUUUAAUACAACAAAAUAAAAGCAUGGAUGAUGAUAUUGAAACAACAAAAAAGAUAAAUGCAAAUUCCGAAGAAAAAUGUAAACUUUUACAAGUAAGAUGUCUACAAUAUAGCAAAUUACCUUUAGUAAUUGGACUAAUUCUACAGAAAGUAUCAGUAACUUUAAUGCCUGGUCUUAAAUAUCUGCGAUUGCAGCUUGGAUUUGGAACAUCAGAUCUUCCAAAUGCAUUAACUAAUCAAGUUAUACUUAAUGAUGUAAUUGAUUAUGAAGUUUUAGAUUGGUGGCAUCCGCGUUAUCCACAUCAAGAUACAAUAUCUUAUUUAUGUGAUGUAGACAGAACCAUACAGUUAACCUCAGAUGAUACCUGGGAUUGAUGUUACUUUUCUCUUGUAAGAAAAUUUAUAUUUCAUUUAUUAAUAAGUAUAGUAUAGAUAUAAGUUUAAUGAUUGCAAUAUAUGCAAUGAAAUGUUACAAACAAAGUUUCAAUUCUUAUUGAAUAACUUAAAUGUUUACAUAUUUAUAUAAAUUAAUACCAUACACCAAUUUCUUUAAUACUGAUCAGUUAUAGAUAGUCAUUUAUAUUUUGUUAUGUAUUCUUGUAAAUUUUAUUUUAUAAAAGUAUGUUGAGAAGCUAUUUUUAGAAUUCUCUUUGUAAAUACUAAGUAUUUUAUCUUUAAAAUGAGAUAAACUUUUAUUUAAAUGAGGCCACAAAAUAAAGAAAGCACAUAUUAUCUAUUUUUGGAUUUACAAUUGUGCAGUUAUUUUUUGGGAAAAUAAUUGAAUUUCAUAUUGGAAAUCUGCUAUACCAGCAAUAGUCGGAAAUAAUAAAUACUUAAACAAAUACUUUUAAAGGUUUAUUAAAUUUUAUUUGUGAUAUUUUUUUUUUAGUAUAGCCACCUAGGCAAAGGGCAUUGCGUUUAUGUAUUUUUUAGUUAUCUGUAUAAAAUACUA